UUUUCAUCAAGGAAUCGACCCUUACCAACUCUGAUCCAGCUAACUGUAGACAAAUACAGCAGUCGCAAAGUUCGUUACAAUGCUGACACCGACAUUCUCACCAAUAGCGCGGGCCUUACUGUGCAGUGUCGGUCUAGUCGCACUCUUGCACGGGACCAUGCUCCGUCCGCUCUCGCAGGAAGCUUGGGAAAUGAAAAGAACAAACGGCAGUUGGACCCGACCGAGAUUGUGAAAAUUCCGUGUGACGCCCAUCGCCUAGGACUGUUCGUUCUUGGUGUAUGCUUUUUUGCUGUUGUGCUUGCGGGUCAAACGACGCCUGCUACCAUUACUAGCUUGUUGCAACGUGUUUUAUUUACAGGUUUGGUGAUGCUAGUGAGCGGUGCAUCGCCCUACCACAAUUUACUUCAUUCCAUGUUAGCAGCGCUCUACUUGGCGACAUUAUCGUCCUGGGACCCUCCCGUAUUCGCUCAAACAUCCUGGUGGACCUUACAAGAUGGCAUCAAUCCGCUUUUUCCACCAUACGGAGCCACAAGGUGUGCACAAACAGAACUGGCAACGAUUGUAUCACAAAGCACCAUUGCUGCAACUAUUCCGUUGCAAAUUCUGCGCCUCUACGAUAGGGGAUGGCAAGUCCAGCGAUGGCCGCUUCCCAUAUUACUCGGUAGCACGUACGGCUGGGCCAUUGGUGUGUUUUUCGGAACAUGGUUUCUUACCUUGAACCGUCCGCCCGUCAAAUCAAAAUGAUUAGGCGAACGUUCCCGACAGGCAUAUCAACGCACGAUCCGGAGUGGCGCGCUGGACAGCGUCAAAAAGAAAAAAGGCAAAGGUGAGCCACAGAAUCCGCUUGAAUCACGGAUUCACUUGGUGGGUGUGGAUAUCAUCAGGAUACAAGUCAGAUCAUCGAACAGCUGCAUUUUGGAGUGCAUUGCUGAUCUAGCAUUAGAGGUGUCAGAUUUUGUAUAAACAUUGUAUCAUCAUCUGGUAUUUUUCAAUGGAGCACGCGGAUGCCAAAGAAACGAAACUUUUCUUGGAAGACAAAGUCUUUCUCGUACCGAUUAGACAUUUUGCUCGGCCCUUUCAGGUUCGGAUAAAGGUCCAUUUCGUCGAUCGGCAAGAGGCUGAAAGCAAGAGGCGGUUAUAGCGUGAGAAGCUCUAGUUCAUCGUCAGUACUAUUGCAGACAAUUGACCAUUGUGUUGCUUUCUCAGAAAUGAUUCCUAUAUAAUAUCACGCUGCUGCACGCAACUAGCCAUCGGGCGAUCCUUUUUGGAAGACCCGAGACCAAUCGACGUGCGCAGACCUCAGAAGACCGUCGUGAAAUGGAGGAUGUGUUUCAUCAUGAAAAGAAAAAAUGUUCGCAGAAGUCGUACGAUUGUAAACCUUGUGGAUUGUUGUCACUUUCAAUAACGUACCUGAAUCUCCCGUCAUCUCCGGGAAGAAAAGCAACCGUGAGGGGUUUGCUCACUGCCAGUCGAAGUCAGAGGAAAGUGAGAGGACGAUACGAAAUGUGCGGUUUUACAAUUACUCAUCUUUCGGGCCCGUAGAUUUGCGGUGAUAUUGACAGUGAAACGCAGUGCAGACCAACGGAGAGUUCAGAUUGCGCAUUCAUUGGCUCGGCGUGCACGAACGAACGUCUGGUUCACAGUCCGUGUUUGGACUCCCAAUGUUUUAUUGGUUGGUUGGUAUCGCAGUAGGGAAUCUGCGACUUCUCGGAAAGCAGGAUUUCUUCCAAUUAGAGCGCUCGAGGACGCAUCCUUCCUCGCUUCACAGUCAACCCCUUCCCUUCGUCUUCCAACACUCGUAGCCACUACGCGACGACCAUGAGAACGAGUACUCGCAGAAACACGAAAUAUCUGUCCGCAUCCACACAUUUACACAAUAUUGUCCAAUCAACACCGUUGAAAGCGUACCACUUCUACUUGCUUACCAACAGUUGUAAAGCUGUAAAAGUAUACAGUCAGCAGAGACUGUUCGUUCUUUUGAUAUCCCUCACGUACGUUGUUCUUUCCAGUAACAACGAAAGGAAGAACACGAGAGGGUAAAUAUCGUUGGAGUUAGUUACCCAGUGACUGUAAACUAUAUACUUGAAAAGCACCUGUCCAGAAGCACGCGGGAAUCUCGUUAGGUCACAGGAGCCGUCGCCUAAAUCGAUCACGUUGGUAUCAUAAGAUCAUCGAAAUGAAAGGUUGGGCUGAUCAUUCCUCGUCAGAAGACGAGGACGAGGCGCCGGAGCGCUUCAAUCUGACUGUUGAAGAGAUCGGCAAACCACCCGAGGAACCCCAGGAAAGGCAAGCCCAGCAAGAAGCUAAAGUCCACAAAUCUCGCCCUCCCAAGACUUACGUGUAUCCGACGGAGCCACCUUUUUCUGCCUUUGUGGGAAACGUGGCCUUCUCGAUUGUGGAUCCGAACGACCUGGCGAACGAGCUCGUCAAAAUCACCAAAGAAAAGCUCGGCGUCGAUGUCGUUAUUGAGAACCCACGAAUUGUUAUGGAUCGACAUUCUGAGAAACAACAGCACCGUGGUUUUGCCUACGUCCAGGUUCAAAAUGUCGAUCAGCUUAAAGCUUUGAUUCAAUUGAACGAUUUCGAAACUGUGUUGGCUGGGCGCAAGAUUCACCUUGAUACCGCUAAUGGCAGUGGUCACGAGCGUAGUCGUGGCAACAACCGCCGAGGACCUGCCAAUGACAUCGAUGGGUCCAAGUUUCGGGGUGGACGCUAUAACCGCGACCGACGGGGUAAUUCCAAAGACUUUAAUCAUGAAGCCGGUGACGAAGUAACUAGAGAUGCAGACAGCAAUAUAAAGAGCGGGCCACCUGCGGUCCGUCCACCGCUUAAACUGCAGCCGCGCUCAAAACCCCUGGACGUCGCGAACCAGAGCACUCCUACAAAUAGCAGUAUUUUUGGCGGCGCGAAAGCUAAUGAUGCCGGGAAUUGGCGCAGCAAUCGCAAGUCUGAAGAGCAAAGCAACAGCCGAGCUCGAAGUAAUCACGGUGCAUCCAAUAAAACCUCACGAGAUAGUCGUCGUGGCAACACCGCCACCAGCGCUAUAAGCAGCAGCAGUACUCAAACUGGACCACGAAAGCAAGAUCGAAAAGACAGAGACGUUGAUCGUAAAAAGGCAGCAGUCGUAAAGAAGUCCCCGGUUGCGCCAGUCCCCCCUGUUCAACAGGAGCCCAAAAAAGAAGACAAGGUCGUAAACAAGUUUGCCGUGCUCGACUUUGAUUCAGAUUCGGACUAG